AUGACCAAUUCAACCGACAAACUCGCAGCUGAGCGCCAGCAUCAACCCAUGAGGAAUUGUUCCCACGCGGUAGCCUCUACAAUUAUCCAACGCCAUCGUAACAACCGCCAGCGCUUCGACUCUGCUGAUUAUGAGAUGGCGCGACGCGCUUUAGGACCGUGUGCGGGCUGCACAUGCGGCAAAUGCGCACUGUCGAACAGCGUUGAUCUAGAACACGAGCCAGAGCCUGAAAAUACUAUACAUUGCGACGAGCUCCGCUGCCUUCGUUUGCAACGCUUUGACUCGGCCGAUUGGAUGCUGCUAAAGGUACAGCAAACAGAGCAGCCUUUGCAGACGGAUUUCCCAUCACGUGAUCCGACUAACGUCGCCCAGAUGUUCAUGGACCGACACGCACUCAAGCGCUGCGCGUUUGUCGGACCAAGACCCGUGAAGAACGGACAAGAUAGUGUUGAAGGAGAUCCAACUUCUCGACUAGGAGAUCCAAUGACCUCAACGUAA